AUGGCAUUGUUCCUGGCGGAGAUGUCGCGGCUCCUGCAGGAACAACGCCGUCCGCUACCACCCUUAGUUCCAACACCUCGGACGGGGACAUUGCGUUUACAUGCCGAGAUUCCGAAAUAUUCAGGCUACGCAGAUAGAAAAUCGGUUGCUGAUUUUCUUGACGAAUUGCGUGAAUACCAGGCGGUGUCUGAAAUGUCUGAGGUUGAACUUCUAUCACGCGUACUGCCGAUCGCCCUCACGGGAAGCGCCGCGACAUGGCGUCGGAGACAAUCACCCUUCUCGACGCUACAAGACUUUUCGGAGCAGUUCAAAAAUGAAUUUCUGCCUCCCGAUUACGGCGCGCGAAUGCUCGAUGAGCUUAGGGCGCGCACUCAGCACCGCGACGAGUCCCUAGUCGAGUUUGUUCGGGCGCUCCAAACUCUCUAUGACAGGGCUGACCCUAGUGCGUCCGACUCAGACAAAGUGUCGCGGGCUAUCCGGCAAAGCCACCCGCAGUUUCAUCCCUACCUGCGUGGGCGGGUGUUCCGGAGUUUGGACGAGUUGGCCCAAGCAGCCCACCAGAUCCAGGCGGACAUCCUGGCCGAACUAAGAUAUCGGCCUCCUCCACCGCCGGAGGCUUGCCUGGAACCGUCCUGCGCUUGGACAGGCACGACCAGGCAAUCCAUGGACGAGCAUGGGUCACGGCCAGUUCUCCCCGGAAGGGUACCCCGAGCGCUGGACCCUUACACCCACGGACUGGGCGAUGGUGCUCAAGUCCGCGAGCAUGGCCGCCAAUACCAAGCCCCAUCCAGAGAGCGAUACCCAAGGGCCACCUCAGCUACUCUCCGCUGCUUCCGGUGCGGAAGUCUCGGCCACUUUCGCCGGGACUGCACCCGGCGGGUUUCAAACGACAAUUCGGGAAACGAGCAGUCUCGGCCCAGCCUCACGAGCAGCCCCGCCGGGGGCCUCCUGUGAUGAGCCCGAUGUUGCAGCACCUGGUGUGGCGCCCGCUCGAGCGCCCGAUGACGCUCCCGCUCCCGGAUUACGCGGCGACGCUCUCGCAGGCGCUCGCG